AUGGAGCGUCUCCAGGUGUGGGGCAUUUUCAGCCUCAUCGUUCUCACCGCCGCCCAGAAAACCACAAACGGCCCCCACCCUCAGCCCUCCUACCUGCUCCUUGCUCCCAAAGCCCUCCAACAUGGAAUCCCAACAUCUAUAUCAGUCACCAUCCUGAUCCCUUCACCGGUCACUGUAUCUGCUCACAUUGUUCGUGGAAACCUAACAAUGGCCUCACAAUCUGUUAAAGUUGAAGGGGGUUCAACCACACUGCUGACUUUGCCGCCUAUUAGUGACAGCGAGCCCAAUCACUGGGAGGCCUACAUACUGGAGGUCAAAGGUCACAGAGGAGAAGUCCAGGUUUUCUCCAGCUUCACAAAGCUCCACUUGGAUGUUGAAGAUAUCGCCACCUUCAUUCAAACAGACAAAGUAAUGUACUUACCUGGGCAGGCGGUGAAGAUCAGAGUUGUUUCCAUUCACUCUGAUGGGAAGCCCUUCAUCAGCCCCGUGGACAUCAUCAUCAGGGAUCCGAGGGGAAACCUGCUCAGGCAGUGGCUGGCUGCAGACAGCGUCCUUGGCGUUGUGUCCAAAGAGUUUCAGCUGUCUGAAAACCCUCCUCUGGGUCAGUGGACCAUCAUCGCUACAGUCAAAGACAUUUCAAGUGUGAAGUACUUCACUGUGGCUCAAUAUGUGCUGCCAAAGUUUGAGGUUUUGAUCGAUGCUCCGGAUGUCAUUUACCGUGAGGACCCUCUGGAGGGCUCCAUCACAGCAAAGUACACUUACGGGAAGUCCGUUCAGGGACACCUGAAUAUGACGUUCAUUUAUCACGUUCACGGUACUGUCGAGUUUUACUAUGAGGACAGAGAGAUUGAUGGUACUGAAAGCUUCACAUUUGAUGCUCCUGAUUAUUUCCAAAUGAGAAAUGAUUCCAAAAUGAUGUACUACGAGGGAAACGCUGAGGACGUAACAGUUGUGGCUCAUGUGACUGAAUACCUCACAGGCAUUACAUAUAACAGUACGGCAACAGUAGGUUUGUCAAAAACCAGAUAUAAAGUCUCCUUUGAAGAAUAUCACAAAUUAUUGAGGCCCUCUUUAACCUUCAGCGCCAGGCUGAAAAUAUCUACAUACAACAAUCAGCCACUGUCACUGGAGGAUCGCCAAAGCUUUGUUGAAGUUUCAGUGAUUCAGCAAAAGCAAAGAUUUUGGGGUUGGAUCGGAGACAUGGUGAUAGACACGGAGCCUAAAACAUCGAACAGUUCAGGAACUUCAGAAAGUCCAAAGGAGAUGCUACCUAAAGAAAUGAAGUUUCCUGUCCCUGCAGAUGGACUCAUACCUUUCAGCGUUGAAAUCACGAGUGAAACAGACAUGCUCAGUAUUGAUGCUUCUUUUGAGGACAGCCAUAGCAAUCUAUAUAUACAGCGAAGCUACACAUCCCCCAGUGAGAGCUACCUGCAGAUUCAGAAACCCUUCACACCUCCAGAGGUUGGUUCGCCCUUUCUGCUGCACAUUGAAAGUAAUUUUCCAUUGAAUGAGGUUCACUACCUGGUGAAGUCAAGAGGACAGGCGAUUUCUGCCGGGAAAGGCUCUCCUGAUCUGACUCUGGUCCCAGAAGUCUCCUGGGCUCCUCUGGCCUGCAUCAUCGUUUACUGUGUGCACCCCAGCGGAGAGGUCAUCAAUGAUGCAAUCCAGCUGCCAAUCAGGCAGUUUUUACAAAACCAGGUGUCGCUUAGUUGGAGCAGUGUUGUAAAGAGGCCAGCUGAGACUGUGACCCUGAAUGUGAGUGUACUGGAGCCCAACUCAGUAGUCGGGAUCCUGGUGGUUGACAAGGCGACGCAGUGGGCGGGAUCAGACAAUGACAUCACCACGGAGACGGUGAUGAAGCAGAUGAAGGAGUUUGGCAAUUCCAUGGCUGACGGCAACAAUGAAACGCCAAAAAUGGGGGAUCCACACUCUGUUUUCAAGUCAUGUGAUCUUGUGGUUUUCACUGAUGCCAGUUUGAAAACGUAUCAAAUAAUGCACGACUUCCCAGGGGAGAUAAUGUUUUACACCACUGCGACAGAGCAUUUACGUGGAGAGCAACAAAAGGAACGUGUGCGUUGGUACUUUCCAGAGACCUGGAUCUGGAUGGACACAAACACCAGUAAUUCAAACACAAAGGAAAUGGCGCUAACUGUACCAGACAGCAUCACAACCUGGAUUGCCACUGCCUUUGUGAUGUCUGAGAAUCUGGGACUGGGAAUUGUAGAGCAACCAGCAGAGCUGACAGUGUUCCAGGAUUUCUUCCUGUCCUUAAAUCUUCCGGCCUUCAUCAUCCGGGGAGAGGAGCUGCUGCUGGAGAUCAUUCUGUUCAACUACCUCCAAGAGGACCAGAAGGUCACCGUCACUGUUGCACAGAGUGAGACCUUCGAGUUCGUCUUCCCAGACAACGAGCAGCUCUCCACGCCCGGUGUUCAUCCGGUGUUUGUGAAGAGUGAAAGCGGAGCCACCGUCCUCGUUCCCAUCAGGCCGCUGGUCCUCGGGGAGAUCCCCAUCUCUGUGAAAGCCAACUCGGAUGCAGUGUCCGACUCUGUCCACACAACAGUGUUAGUUAAGGCCGAAGGUCUUGAACAGUCAUUUUCCACCUCCCUGCUGCUUGAGCUUUUACCAGCAGGGAUGAGCCUGUCUAGAAACGUUACGUUUACCUUCCCACCAGAUGUUGUGGAGGGCAGCGAGAGAGCUUCAGUUAUGGCUGUCGGUGAUAUCCUCGGUCCAUCCAUCAGUGGUCUGGACUCACUGAUCCAAAUGCCUUAUGGCUGUGGGGAACAGAACAUGAUUAACUUUGCACCAAACAUCUACGUUCUCCAGUAUCUGGACGCCACAGGACAGGAUAGCCAGAAAACCACAGACCAAGCCAUAAACUACAUGAUGCAAGGUUAUGAGCGGGAGCUCACCUUUCAGAGAGGAGAUGGCUCCUUUAGCGCCUUUGGAGAGCAGGACUCAUCUGGAAGCACCUGGCUCUCUGCUUUUGUGCUGAGGUGUUUCCUGCAGGCACGGCCCUUCAUCAACAUUGAUUCCAACGUGCUGCACAGUGUGGCAGCUUGGAUAGCCAGCCAGCAAGGGCAUGAUGGGAGUUUCUUGGAGCCCGGCAGGGUGAUCCACACCGAGCUCCAGGGAGGCCUGGACGGGCCUGUUUCUCUCACGGCCUACGUCCUCAUCGCCCUGCUGGAAGACGCUAGCGUCAAGGCUCUGUAUGAGACCAAGGUGUCUGCAGCCGUGAUGUACCUGGAGACCCAUCUUGCUCUUGGUGUCUCCAGCAACUACAGCCUCAGUCUACUCACCUACGCUCUGGCUUUGGCAGGGAGCUCCAAAGCCCAAUCAGCACUCAAUAAUCUGACUGGACGAGCUGAGAUAAGAGACGGUGUGCCGAUGUGGUUCUCCCUGGAUGACGGCCUGUCCUCAUCGUGGCAACCUCGUUCAUCUGACAUUGAGAUGGCGUCCUACGUGUUGCUGUCUCAUUACAAGCUGAACUCAAUCCCAGAGGGUCUGAACCUAAUGAAGUGGCUCAGCCAGCAAAGAAACCACAGAGGAGGAUUUGGAAGCACUCAGGACACAGUUGUGGCUCUCCAGGCUUUGUCUAUGUUCGCGGCUCGCAUUGGGUCGCACGACACUGACGUCACAAUCAGGGUGGACAUCGACCCUUCGACCACUGUCGCCUCCUUCCAAAUCAACAACGAGAACUACCUGCUCCAUCAGAGCCAACAGAUUACUCCAGAAGAAAGUUUAAUCCUGCAGGUGACAGCAGAAGGUCGUGGACUCGCCUUGUUUCAGCUUAACGUUUUCUACAACGUCAGGAACAAGGAGAUGAGGAGAAGGAGGCGAGAAGCUGGCGAACAGGAAGCGUUUGAGCUGUACGUCGAGCUGGUCGACAGCGAAGUAAACUCUGCACAUCUGUACAUCUGCACCAGGCUGGUGUAUGGUCUGGGCCUGAGUGCAACGGGAAUGGCCAUCAUGGAGGUGGGGCUGCUGAGUGGCUUCAGUCUGUCGCCGGUUGGCAUCGAGACUAACGACGUUGUAAAGAAAGUGGAGACGCAGCUGGGAAAAGUCAUCCUGUACCUGGACUCAGUGACAACGCUGGAGAUGUGUGUCCAGAUUCCUCUGAUUAUUGAGUAUAAAGUUGCCAAAGUCCAGGAAGCUACGGUCGUCAUCUAUGAUUACUACGAACCAAGGCGGAGGAUGGCGAGGGCAUACACGUCGCAGUGGAGGAGCAGCAUAUCUUCCUGCUCACUCUGCGGGGACAGCUGCAGUCAGUGCAACGUAAACGGCGACUUCAUUCCCGACGAAGCCAUCUUCAAUGCAUCAAACAGGAACAGUGUCCACUUCAGUCUGAGUGGUUUUCUGCCCAUACUGCUCCUCCUCUUCAUCAUCUUUGAAUUGUAAACAUGUCUAAACAAAAAGCUGCACAUAUAAAUCUGUCAGGCUCGGUUCAAGGUUGUGGGGUUCUUAUUUUGUUUCUGACUAAAAUAGAAAACUGUGUUAGAGAUGCAGAAAGUCACAGGACUCUUCUUUGUACUGUCCAAAAAUAAACGUGACUGAUAAAUUUUGA